UCUUUACCUGUACAGUAGCUGUAAGUAAGUUAAAAAAAUCUGCCUUCUUUUAACAUCUCCCACUACAUGUAAAUUCACAUGAUCAAAUAGGUGAAAAGAAUGUUUUAUUAUCACGAAUAAAUGAAUGGAGUAUACGAGAGUUUUUUACUGUGGUAAACACGUUUUGAAUGAACUUAGUAAACAUUUAUUGAAAAAAAAUGUAGACAUGCUUAUUCAGACAAAUACAACAAAUAAAGAACAUGGGCGACAGGAUUUGAACGAGUUAUCAUAAAACGAUCCAAAAAGAUUUCGGAUGGAAAAUGUCUUGAUCAUACUUUAACAGAAUCAUGGUUUGCUGAAUUCAGUUUGGAAUUUGUUUUAAAUAAAGUGACAAUUAAAUUAAACCGGAACUACAAGUGAAACGUCUUCGUAACCUAGACAACUACUAAAAACAAUGCAACAAAAAUAUUAUUGUGCCUGAAUGUCUACAAUUCUAUGAAAAACAUUAAAAACUUUCGAACAAUUGCUAGGACGGUUUAAAGUAGUUGACCAUUCUUAAUUUGGGGACCAUGCACUAUGACCGCUUUGUUAUAUUUUAAGUGUUGUUGUUUUUAUUGUUACUGUUUAAUGUUGUUAAUUGGAGCAGUAUUCGCCCACGAUUGUGAACAUACGAAUACACAAGAUGAUGACCAAGUGAAGCUCGAAUGUUUGGUGGAAUCUUUGUUCGACCCAACAAAGUACAGCCCACUUGUUAGACCCGUACACAACAUCAAUGAAUCAUUAACAGUUGACUUUAGUAUACAACUUAGUCAAAUUAUCACAUUGGAUGAGAAAAAUCAAGUCAUGAAAACAAAUGUUUGGCUACAGCUGUAUUGGAAGGACUAUCAACUAGUAUGGCAGGAUAGAGAAGGUUAUGAAGCGUACCAGCAGAUUGAAGUUGUCAGAAUGAGACCAGACCUCGUAUGGAGACCAGAUGUCGUCUUAUUUAACAAUGCAGACGGGAAUUAUGAAGUAUCUUAUAUGUCAAAUUGCCUUGUAUAUAGAGGAGGAGAUGUUAACUGGAUCCCACCCGCAAUCUAUAAAAGCUCCUGCAAAAUUGACGUCCAGUUCUUCCCCUUUGAUGAGCAAUUAUGUGAUAUGAAAUUUGGCUCAUGGACAUUUCUUGAUUAUCAACUCAACUUUUCAUUUUACAUGAAUGUAUCGCAUUUUGAUGUUAGCGAUUAUCUUACAAAUGGUGCUUGGGAUAUCGUUGAAGGAGACGCUGAAUUGACAAAGACUGCAACUGAGAAAACUGGGGAAUUUAAAGCUAUGGUGAUAUUUCGACUUCGUCUAAGGCGUAAAACGCUGUUCUACACAGUUAAUCUAAUUAUUCCAUGUGUUUUAAUUUCAUUUGUGACAUUAUCUGUGUUUAUUUUACCGGCUGAUGCUGGCGAGAAAAUUACUUUAUGUAUAUCCAUUCUUCUUGCGUUGGUUGUGUUCCUGCUGCUGAUUUCAAAAAUUCUCCCACCAUCAUUAACUGUUCCAUUGAUAUCUCAAUAUUUAAUGUUUACAUUUAUAAUGAAUAUUUUAGCUAUCGUGAGUACUGUUAUUGUUAUAAAUAGAAAUUACAGAACACCGAGAACUCACCACAUGCCUUAUUGGGCUAGACUAGUGUUUCUUAAUGUUCUUCCUAAACUUAUGUUUAUGAAAAGACCAGAUCAUGACGAUAGAUGGAAUGAAUCUUCAGAUGAAAUCAGCGCAACAUCCCCAAAAAGAAAUGCCAGCAGGGAUCCAGAUUUAACUCGUAUAACAACCCAAAAUGUUGUACCACAAGGCCAAACUAUUGAGCAUUCUCAACCAGAAGAAGCUGGAUAUAUAGAAAAUUUGAUAGAAAGUCAUCAUGCUCAUUGUCAAUUAAAUGAAACAAGUCAGCAAGGAGAAAAUCUUGCUGGCACUACGGAAAUGUCUGUCAUCAACAAAGCCUUAAAACCGGUAUCACAGGAAAUAUACAAAGCAGCUGAAUCUGUCAAGUUCAUCCAUAAACAUCUCAAGAAAAGCGACGAAUACCAAACAGUGCUUGAUGAUUGGCGGUAUGUUGCCAGGGUGAUAGAUCGAUUACUACUUUCUAUAUUUUUUGCUGUCACGGCGUUUGGAUCGUUGGGUAUAUUCAUGAAAGCUCCUCAUAUUCUUCAAACAGUCGACCAAAAUGAAAUAUUAGCGGGAAUGAACGCUGCAUGGAAUGCGGCAAAGAAAGCAACUUAAAUAAUAUAAGUAUAAAACCUACACAUAAAAGCUACUGUGCACAUGUUUUUAAACAGUUGGUGAUUUACACUCCAUACACAAACUCAGCACAAGUUUCGUUUUUAAUAUUAUGGCAAGCCAAAUACAUAGACUUCUUUAAUGUCGUACAGGUGUAGUUACUUUCAUGACUUUUAUGUAACUUUACUUGUAAAAGAUGUAAGAUAAUUAUCUUUUCCAUAGAAUACAAUAACAAAUAAUUAACUAGUUAAGACUCUGAAUACAAUGUAAUUAACAGAAAUGUUUACCCAAACGUUUUUUUGUUUGUUAAAUAUUUGAAGAACAUUUUAAAUAGUGCAUACAUAUAGGUUGUGAAAAUGUACAGUAUAUGUUUGUAUGUUUAUUAAAUUUUAUUACUUUUUACUUUUACUAUUCAUAAAGAAUUUAGUAUCCUGCUAAACUCUUUUUAAUGUGUUUCACACAUGAUUAUCAAUAUUGUUACUGUAUACAUGUAAAUCUUUUAAGGAAUAAUCGCAUUAUUAAGAACCUACACUAUAAUUUGAAUUAAUAUUUGACUCUUUGAAAGAAAUAAGAAUUAUUUUAAUAUUUUUAUGAUAUUUAAAUUAUAUUCAUUCCCAAAUUUAUCAAAUACCUCAUUUUAUGUACUUUUUGUUAGCUUUUUCGUCUCAUUCUGCUUCAUCACAUACUUAAAAUGAUGUGUGAUUGCCUUUUUAAUGCAUAUUUUUUUAAACUAACUGCACUAUUGUUGAUUAAUUUUGUAAGCAUUUUUUCACGUUCCUUUAACGAAAUUUCAAACUUCAGUCAUUGUUUUUACUAACACGACAUUUUAAAAGUGAACACAUUUAUGUACAUAUUGUACAUGUAUGUUCAUCUUAAAAGUGUCAUGUACGGAAGAGUAAACUGGCCCCACUUAUAUAUUUUUUAUGCCUUAUUAUAAAAGAGAAAAAAAACUUUGUAUGAUACAGUUCUUUAAAACAUUUACAGGUUAUAUUAUAUAUAAAGUAGAUUUUUAGGAGUUUUACCAUAAAAUCACAAAUAUGCAUAGUUUCUUCGAUGAUAGUUUGCAAUUUAAGAGAACAGAAUGUUCUUCUUAACAUACAGUAGAUGUGCACUUUAGCCUCUAUCAUAUGAACCUCGUGAAAAAAGAUGUAUGGAAUCAUAAAUUGAAUUAGAUUCUCAUGGUAUAAUAAGAGUCGCUUCUAUUAUAAUAAUACGAAAUGGUCCUUUUCUCGUUUUGAUCUAAAAACAAUGUAAAUGAAAAUGACUGAUCUGCUAAAUCUACCUUUUGUUAUUA